AUGGGAGAAUUUUCAGAAAAUAGUGAUGACAAGAAUUUAUAUACAGAAGAGAAGGUUGAAACGGUAACAAAACCUAUACCAGUACCGGGAGGAUCCUUAUAUUUCAAAAGUAAAGGAAAAAGAAAGAGAACUAAUAAAAAUCAAGAUGUUGUAUUUACUGACUAUGUACCAGAAAUAGAGUACCACAAUAAGAGGUUUACGGAGAAAGAAUAUAAUGAUGCCCUACUGUUUCUUUAUUUCACUAAGAAUGUAAAGAACGCAAAACCAGAAAAGGGUGAAAACAUUAAGACAGUGGAUGGUAUUACAUUUAUGAUUGAGAAUAAUCGAAAUACUUGUAUUUAUUGUGGUAAGAGUUAUAUCCAUUUAAAGAAGUUAGCUGUUCAUAUGAUAAAGCUUCAUAACUUUAAAAAAUAA